AUGACUUUUCCCCCUUCUUCCUACCGCCCACGGAAGAAGAGAAAGUUCCCCUUGUCGUCCACCGGGUCAAACAACGCCCUCAUUGUGGACGAUGGAAACGGCAAACAUACUCCUGCAUUCCCUUUGGCUUCCUUCCUAUGGGCCGCUCGGGCAGGUGUAUCUCAAUGGCUCAUUCUACCUCUGAUUUUGAUGGCUGUAGGCCUAUUUCGCUGGGCUGUUAGUUUGUGGGGAUACUCUGGCUUCCAAGUGCCCCCGAUGCAUGGAGAUUUCGAGGCGCAGAGACACUGGAUGGAGAUAACAAUUAAUCUACCCAUGUCAAAAUGGUACACAUACGAUCUUCAGUACUGGGGGCUUGACUAUCCGCCAUUGACUGCAUAUCAUAGCUGGCUGUUGGGAAAAAUUGGUACUCUCUUUGAUCCCUCAUGGUUUGCUCUGGAUGAGUCCCGUGGCUUCGAGGAUCCUCAGCUGAAAGUAUACAUGCGUGCUACGGUGGUAGUAUCCGAGUAUCUUAUUUUCAUCCCUGCAGUUGUCAACUUUCUGCGCCGAUACACGCAAAUGCAUGGAGUCCCAGUAUGGUCCGCCUCUGUCGCCCUGGUUGCUAUCCUUCUGCAGCCGUCGACUAUAUUGAUUGAUCACGGCCAUUUUCAGUACAACACGGUGAUGCUGGGGUUUGUAGCUGCAAGUCUGGAUGCGAUUCUGGCAGGGCGCAUGCUCUGGGCAUGUAUCUUCUUCGUGGGUGCCUUGGGGUUCAAGCAAAUGGCUCUGUAUUACGCUCCCGUCAUGUUCGCUUUCCUUUUAGGAAUCUGCCUUUUCCCUCGGAUUCAGCUCAUCCGCCUUCUUUGCAUUUCCCUGGUCACAAUUGUCGCGUUUGCCGUCCUUAUUGCCCCACUUGUGGUGAGUGCACUCAGUGCUGAUGCUCAGAAUGAGUUGUCCUCUAUUCCGCUGCCUCCCCUACUACAGGCGCUGCCUAUCGAGCUAGACAAGAGCUCGAUACUUUACGCACCCUUGCUUCAGCUGGCGCAGCUCAUCCACCGAAUCUUUCCUUUUGCUCGUGGCCUGUUCGAAGACAAGGUUGCAAAUGCCUGGUGCGCCAUUCACACGUUUUACAAACUCCAUCGAUUCGAGGGGACUCUACUCCAACGGGUGUCAUUGGGUGCCACAUUAGCAUCAAUCUUUAUCCCCUGCGCCAUAAUUUUCCGUCACCCACGUGCCUCUUUUCUUCUUCCGGCCUUGUCCACCGUAGCCUGGGGAUUCUUCUUAUUCUCUUUCCAGGUCCACGAGAAGAGUGUUCUACUACCAUUGUUGCCCAUGACGCUCAUGCUCUCUGGCGAUGGAGGUUUAAGCAAAGAAACCCGCGCAUGGGUGGGGUGGGCCAACAUGCUUGGCUCUUGGACGAUGUUCCCUCUUCUGCAGCGCGACGACCUCCGAGUUCCCUAUUUCGUCAUGACAUUACUCUGGGCCUAUCUACUUGGCCUUCCUCCCGCCUCUCUGGAAGUUUACCGUAGCCGAAGCUCUUCAGAUGACUCCUCGCCGCUCCCCGAACAUCACAUUAUCACCAAACUUGUUCAUUUGUGCUUCUACUUUGCCAUGGUCGCGUGGCAUGUGCUAGAAGCCUUUGUUCCCCCUCCGCCUGGAAAACCUGAUCUCUGGGUCGUGCUGAAUGUGCUUAUCGGUGCUGGCGGAUUUGGACUUGCGUAUCUGUGGUGCCUGCGGAAGUUGGUUUUACAGUGCUGGAUGAUUGAGCGCAAGGUGGAAAAGGAUACGCAGAAAAAGAACCAAUAA